AUGAAACAUUAUGAAAAUAUUACAAAUAAUUUUAAUUUUUCACGUGAUUUAUAUCCAUAUAUUCGUGUUGUAUCAUUAUGUGAUGAAUAUCUUUUUGAACAUAUAUUUUUUAUUCAAAUUGCUCAAUCAUUUCCAUUUAUGAAAAAACUAUCUAUCACUAAUCGUCCAGAACAAAAUCAUAAACAAUCUUAUAAAUUAAUGAAUAAUAAUCAGAAUUUAUCAAUUAUUAAAUGUAAUUAUUUUAUUGAACUUGAUAUAGAUCGAUCUCAUGAUAAUUAUAUCAUGAAGAAUUUUUAUGUAAUAUGA